AUGGACCAUGUCUGGUCGAUAGUGUGUUUGUGUUUCUGGCGGGAAUUAUUCAGCUUGCUCUCGCUGAGCGGAUGGCUGCUUGGUGCCUCCUUCGUGACGACGUCGCGGUCCGCAUCAAUCAAUGUGAGGCCUGUCCGGCGCGAUGCGCUGGCAGGUGCUGCAAGCGCAGUUGCGAGUCACGCCAAGCAAAGCCGAUGGCAGCAGGCAUCGGACGUUGUCGCAAACCUAUCUCCAAGAAGACUGCAACUCGAUGUUUCACUCAGCAACGCACUGGUCUCCGCAAUCGGCAGAGGUUCGAAAUGGCUGAGGGCUUUAUGUGCCUUCAGUGCCAUGCGAAGGUCGAGGCUCGACCACGAUCACAUCUCUUUCAACUCGGGCAUUUCCGCCUGUGGCAGAGGGGGUGCCUGGAAGCAGGCAGUGCACCUGUCCGCACUGCUGCAGACAGAGGACCUAAGCCGCGACGUGGUGACGUUCAACGCAGGAAUCUCUGCCUGUGAGAUCCACGCCAAAUGGCCUACUGCGCUUUCAAUAUUUCGUGAUGCUUGUAAUGGCGUGAAGCUGCACCUGGUGACAUUCGGUGCCAUGUUGACCACAGCCAGAAGAGCAGCUGCUUGGGAAGUAACACUUGCAGCACUCCGGCAGAUGCGUCCCCGGUCGCUCUACCCGAAUGAGGUCUGUGGCAAUGCAGCGGUUGCUGCACUCCGAACCCAGUCUGCCAAGUGGGCCGAUGCCAGAUCGCUGUUGAUGGUAGAGCCUGGAGCCUCGUCGACCAGCUUGGUGCUGAGCUCUCUUGCACGUGCAUGGCGCGAAGUCUUCCAACUCCUGUCACAGUGGGGUGAUGGAUCUUUGCUGACAGUGCCGACACUGAAUGCAGGAAUCACAGCCUGCCACAGAGGCAGUCGAUGGGAGAUGUCCUUAUGGAUACUCAGCAAGAUGAUGUGCUCAAGUGGCCCGAGGCCUGAUGCAAUUACGUGUGCAUCCACCUUGGCCGGCUGUGAGAGGGGCCAGCGCUGGCAAUUUGUGGCGCGGCUGCUACGUGCGUUCCACAGGCUCUCCACACAACUGGACUUGACUGUGAACCAGGCAGCUCUCAGCGCAGCUGCAAAAGGCCAUGCUUGGCGAUCUGCAACACAAGGAAUACACGAAGCCAUGCAGGAAGGAUUUGGGCUUUCGGUUGCUGCCAUCAACACCGCUGCCUUUGCGUGUCAGAGCGGGAAGCGCUGGAGAUGGUCUGCAGAGCUCAUUGGACAACUGAGGCUUGCCGCCGUCCGUCCAGAUCACUUUUCAGCAACUUCUCUGCUGGCAUCAGCAUGGCCGACCGCAUUGCAUGCUCUCCAGGGCUUCAACUUGCUGAUGCUGAAGUAUGACGAUCUCGCUUGCAGCUCCAUCAUGACGACCCUUUCGUUCUCAAAAAUCUGGGACCGGGCUUUGCUGCUACAGCAGCAGCUUCCCUCCAACAUCGGAGACGUGUUGGCCUGCGACGUACUGACCAGUGCCUGUGAGACAUCAGGAGGACUGGAACCUGUCCCGGCUUUGCUGGUCCAGGAGACUUUCGGCGCGCUGUCCGCAGAGGAGCAAAAGAAGAUCACAGAAGCGCUUGCGAAAGUCGAGACGAAAGCAGAAACCGCUGCGGCACCGGCAACAGGGGAGACCCCUUCUACCGAGGCCAAGCCUGAGAAGGCAGAGGAACCGGAGAUGACGGAUGAGCAGCUGAGCAUGCUCAAAGCAGCUUUCGAUGACAUUGAUACCAAUGCUUCCAAGUACAUCGAGGCGGCUGAACUCAAAACAGUGCUGGGUAAAAUGAAGGUGGAACUGUCUGACGACCAGAUCGACGCGGUGUUCAAACGUGCAGACCUCAACAAGGAUGGAAAGCUCAGCUUCGACGAGUACAAGAAGCUGGUGUCCGCAGGAAUGCAAGUGGCCAAAUGA